UGUGGGAAAGGAGCGUGCCAUCGGAGGCAGAAGAGGAAUGUCUGUCUGUCUGUGUCCAUGUCUCUGCUCUGUUCCUGGCUUCAUUCCUACAAAGAGCGUCAAUGUCCCGCCUGCUGUUCUACCUCUGGAUUUAAGUCGGCUGGAUUACCGCUUGGACUCUCAGCUCAUUAUUCCAUGCUGCCUCAUUUAAAUGGGAGGCAAAGUUGGACUUGCGUGGACUGCACAUAUGGUGACAAACAGUUUGAUUUUUUUCGCGCUUUUAAGAGAUUCCUAGCAUACAAAAUGAUUUCACUUUUCUUCAGUAAAAGUGUUUUUAUAUGUAAAAUAAUUUGAGCUUCUUCUCUUUGGUGUUGUCUAGUCAAAGUAGGUUAGUUAUUUUGCAACAUAAUAUUUUGAACUUGGCUGUUGAGGCGCAUUUUACUGUGAAAGAUGAGUGGGGAAGAGGGGUAGAAAUAUGUCUCCAUCUUCACCUUUUUAAAAGUCAUUCACUCUAACCUUGGUCUUUCUGUUAUUGCUUAAACCGAAAAUGUGACUGUGGCACUUUUUCAUGUGCUCUGUUAGUGUCAGAUUUGAAUUUUUUGUCAGUGGAGGCUUUACAUUGGACUGCAGGUGAACUUGCAUCUCUUCCAGUUCUUUCCUCUCCAAGGGAACCCUCAAACUAAACUCUUCCCUGUUAACCCACUUAGACGCCUGAUCUCCCCUGUGGGGGCUUCUCUUAACCAUCUGUCCUACUCUAGUUUUUUUGAGGAAAGCAAAAGACAAACCAGAAAAGGGGGUACUGGGAAGGAAGACACCCCCCUCCCAAAGGUGAGAGGGGGGGAAGAUGGCAGCUCUCGCCAGCUCUCUCAUUAGACAGAAACGGGCGGUCAAGGAGGAACAAGGCAACCGACCGAUAGCCAACAAGCGCAAGCCCUGUCCUAAGAGCAACAAGUCCUUGUGCCAGAAACAGAUCCUGGUCCUGAUCUCCAAAGUACGACUAUGCGGGGGUCGAAAAAGUCGAAACGAGAAAAGACCGGAGCCACAGCUGAAAGGCAUUGUUACUCGGCUAUACAGCCAACAUGGAUACUACCUGCAGAUGCAGCCUGACGGCACCAUGGACAGCACAAGGGAUGAAAGCAGCUCAUUUUCACAGUUCAAUUUAAUACCGGUGGGACUGCGGAUUGUGGCAAUCCAGGGGGCAAAGACAGGAUUAUACCUUGCCAUGAAUAGUGAAGGAUACCUCUAUACCUCGGAGCACUUCACUCCGGAGUGUAAGUUCAAGGAGAGUGUGUUUGAGAACUACUACGUUACAUACUCCUCCAUGCUCUAUCGCCAGACCCAGUCUGGCCGCUCCUGGUAUAUUGGUAUCAACCGUGACGGCCAGGUCAUGAAGGGCAACCGUGUAAAGAAGACCAAAGGAGCUGCACACUUCCUGCCUAAAGUUAUAGAGGUUGCGAUGUAUAAGGAGCCGUCGCUACACGAGCUCGCCGCUGAACCGGUGAGUCCUCCUCGGAAGACAGUGAAGACGUCAGAUUCGCCGUCCCUGAAGAAUGGACGGAAAGAAGCUCCCAAGGCUGAUGCAUCAUAGCACAGGAGACUGAGGGUGGGACAAAGGGGCAGCAGUGACACUGGGAACACAGUCACCCAUUAUGCACUGAGGGUGGCUGUGGGAAUGGCCCUCACCGGCCACCAUAUUCCAGAAGUGCACUACAUGAUGCUGAGGGAUAAAGGGUCAGCACUCCAUCCAGUAGCCAAGAAGGCCUGAGAGAAGAGUCCCCGCCCCCUCCCCCCCUCACCUGUCCCCGCAGAAAGGGAGCCCAAGGCCUGAGCCAGAACUACUAGUACCCCCCAUCCCCCACCGUUUGUCUCUUUCUCUGCCCCUCCUGUGACUUCCUAAUGCACAGUCUCCUUCAUUUCUCUAUCGUGCUCUAGCUUCUUUGUCCCACCGACAAUUUCAUCUUUUUCUCACAUGCCUACCAACCGCCUGCUCUAUUGUACAGUAUAUUCACCACUCACGCAAUUCCAGCGCUGACUCGGCAUCACAAUCCCCACCCAUGGGCCCCCUCUUGAGCCCUAAAGUUGGUGACAGCGUGGCUCAGCCAGCUUUCCACCCACCAUCUGCCGACCAGCUAAGCUAAUCACAGAGGGCAACAAAAGCUCAAAGUGGGAUGAAACAGCUCAGAGAGGAAAGAUAUCCGCAGGGAUCCCGGAUCGGGUCAGGUCAGCUGAGCGAGAUGAGGGUGUGUGGACAAAAUAACAGCUGCAUUUAAAAAAGGGAGUUCAUGGCAUUAAAACUAUUUUUUUGUUUUUCUUGUUUGAAUAUUUCAACCAAUCCUGUGAUUGAAAAAUGGGAAUUCGUGACAGCCCAGAUAGAAAUGCACUGUGGUACAAAAACUCGGGCUGUAGAUGAUGAUUAAGAUGAAAGCAAUGCUCAAAACAUAGGAUCAAAACAAUUGCAAAGUGGUGAUGAUAAUGUUAAAAAAUAAUGGUGAUGCUCAUGAUACUGACAAGAUCAGGAUUUCAGAAUUCCAGGAGACGUAUAUAAUAGAAAAUGUAUUAAGCUCACAAGAGAGGCACUGCUUGAAUAAGUGUCAUUUAAAAAAAUAAAAUAAAGUCCCCAUUCUUCCUGGGAAAGGUGAGCCAUAAAAUAGAACAUUAACCAUGGUUUUACUCCAGACUUCUAAACACUUGAGCAAUAUUUGUACAAAUAAGCCAGAAGAUCAUUCUCAGUGAAGAAAAAAAGAAACAAAGUGUGUGUGUGUGUGUUUGUGAAUGAGUGAGAGUGAGCCUCUUUCCAGCCUCCCUUCUCUACCAGGUGACCAUGUGUUAUUAUUGCACUAGCUCGUUUAAGGCUACAAAUGGGUCAUGUUUUAAAUCCAUGGUGGAUCUGAACUCGGUCACCUGAAAAAAGAAACCAUAGUGUCUACUUCACUCAGCAUCUGCUGUCAGCAUAAAGCCAGGUUUGAAGCCGAAAAAUCAAAGCCGGUGGAGCCUCUGAGCUGGAGCACUUGUUAUUCUGACGAUGUCUGGCAGCUUAUCCACUCACUAGCUUUAUCAAAUCACCUUGAAAAGAAUAUCCCUCAAAAAUGUAGUGUGUCUGAGUGAAUGUCUCGGUGCGAUUGUGUUUUAACCCCGAUGAGUUGAUGUCUUCUAUAGUAUGAAUGCACUGUGUGUGUGAAUGAGUGCCAGUACAGAGGAUAGAUGGAGAUACUUUGGGUAAACUCAACCAUGUCCUUCAGACAGGGCACGACAUUGUGUCUUUGAUGUGUCUGUGUCUGUGAAUAGGUGAUACUUGGGGGAACAUCCUUGAUUUGUAACAUUUUCACUGACUUCUGUACAAGUCGCAUACAUUUUAAAACAGCAGGGAGGAGGAUAUCUGGGCAACCUCAUGGGAACCGAAGCCACAGAAGGUACUUGAUUGAUUUAAUAUUCUCUUUGGAAGCAAUCACCUAAUGUUUUGGUUUGCACUGGGUCGCAUACAAUUUUAGAAAAGGCACGCAAUGACCUGAUAGCAGUUGAGGCUUCGAAAUGGAAGCUGUCAGGGUGUAGGUUGUUGUCACGUCAAUGCUGGCUGCUGUAUGGUGCUGUCUGCUCUGGUAACCCACUGAGGGGGGGAAAAUGUCACGACAAUGUUCAGUCAAAGGGAAUUUGCAUGGAUACCACCAACAAACACAGACAGCAGUAAGUCAGGAAGAGCAACGCUGGGAGUUGUGGAAGGCAACAAAAAGAAAAUGCUCAUUAUAUGGUCGCUAACAAUCACAGAUAAUCUCCAGGAGGUUUAAAGCAUUGGGAUGGUGUCUAAUUUUAAUGGUAACAUAAUGUGAAGCGGGGGUACAGAAUGUGAAACGGAGGCUUUAAGAAUGUUCUGAAUUGAGGGUGAGAGUAAGUCUGAAAUAGUGUGUUGAAUUGUAAAGAGGUCAGCGCAUGGAGGCAGUUAUUUAGAAAGAGUGAAGGAUUAGCAGGUGUAUUCUUGAGAAAUGUUGAUAAGGAAUUUCUGCGGUAAAGUAAGCAAGAUUCUUGGCAGGGUUUAAUGCGGCAUGUGGAUAUGAUAAUGAAUGUAAGACAAAGAGGCAUGUAAGGCACUGUGCGCUAUUUAUGACAGGAGGUCUAUGGAGGAAAUUAGUUGGAGAGCUUUGCAUAUUUUUCAAUAAGUCUUUAAUUUUCUGGGCUUUUCCACGGGGAAAUUCAUUCCGUUCAAAUUUGGAUAUUUUGUCCUUGUAGCAGAUUUUGCAUUGCAGACCUACAAAUCUCUAUUUUUGAAAAGCCAAUGUUCCCUCUCCCUGGUGAGUUUGUUACAGCCUAGAAUGGUUUCUCACUGUGCAUUACUAACUACUGUAUGAUGUCAAAGUUUGUGCACAGCAGGCAGUGUCCAAUGCUAUAGGCUUAUCUUAGCUGUCAGUGUUCAUACAGUUUUCACUAUUCAUGUAUUCCAUCUGGCAGCUUCUUAAUGCCAGUUCACAUUUCAAAGUUCUAAACCCGUUCUAUAUAAAUCUAAGUAUCGGGAGGUUAAAAGCAGUGAUUGAGUGACAGCAAAAUGCCAAAAUUGAAAUAGUGGAAUUGUCUUUCUCUUACAGUAGGGCUGCAACUCAUAAUUUCACUAUCAAUUAAUCUGCUGAUAGUUCUUUUGAUUAUUUUACAGAAAAUGGUGACAAAUGCCUGUUAUAGUUUCUCACAUCACAGAUGGACAUCUUCAAAUGUUUUAUUUGUCCGCCUGGGAGUCAAAAGCCCAUAGAUAUCAAGUUCACGAUGAUAAGAAAACGAAAAGUGUCGAAUCAUCACAUUCGUGAAGCUGCAACUGGCAAUUUCAUGGCGCAUUUGUGCUUGUAAAAUGACAAAAACGAUUAAUCGAUUAUCAAAAUUGUUGGCGAUUAAUUUUCUACCUAUUGACUUAUCGACUAAUUCUUGCAACUCUACUUUGCGGUGCAGCAAAGCAGAUAGAAAGUAAGUAAACUGGUAGAAUUAACCUUCAGCAUUAUUUAAAUGUCCCUUUGUCACCUUAUGGUGUUAAACAUCAAAGAGAUCCAAACCCUCCAUAGAUUUCUUUCCCAAAAAGCAACCAGUCCCUAAUAUCGACAUGCUAAAGAAUGCCACAGUAAGUUGUCUGACCGUGAUACUGCAAGUAGACAGACAGGAACAGAGAAUGUUAAUUAGUCCGAUGUCGAAUGUGAAGUAUUAGAAUGUAGUAGAAUGUAAGACAGAACAGUACGUUUUUACGCUGAAUGGGAAGUAAAGGAUGUCAAGAGGUUCAGAGACAAGUAAGUGCAAUGAACGUGAAAAGUUGCAAUGAAAGUGCAACAGAAAGUAGGAUUUUGGUCGUGGAGCUGUUUAGUGAAACUAGUUCCGCUCUUGAAUGUAAAAGUUAUAGGAGAAUAUGGUCACAAGGAUGAUAGAAAAAGCAAGCCAUAGAGUAGCAGAGGUAUUAAGAAGAUAUUUGAUAUUGUAGUUUGAAGUCAGAAAGUGUUAUAUAUGUGUGAAUAAAUGUAUUUUGAAAGGCUAACAACGAGGUGGUAACAUGGAAAAUAAAAAAUACCGAUAUAGUUUAUGUGCCCAUGCAUGAGGUUUAAAGUCGUAAUCCCUUUUCCUACACAUCGUUCCUUAACCAGAGCCUACAUCUACAGCUCAUUGACUUUCUUUUCAACACUAUAUUGCCUGUGUAGGUGUAGCUAUACUUACAGUGUGUUUAUCAAGUCUGUGUGUGUGGUGUGUGUGUGUGUCUGUGUGUGCAUCUAUGAUUAAGAGUAAGGUAAGACAAGACAGAGAGGCAAGGAGAAAAGAAAGGGCAUGAGAUUGAAACAAUGAUCGAUAGACUCAAUAAAACACAAACGAGAGAACAGCCACCCUGCAAUGGGUGCAACAAAAAAAAUUCCCCCAAGGUCUGCCAGAGACAGCAAAAUCCAUUUGCUCAUAAUGAACUCGGAGGUCUGUUGUUUGAUUUCUACCUGUAAACUCAACAAAGAACCCAGCUGGACGACAACAAAUGGAGUUUUUCCUCAGGGCCUCUACACUGGGCCUGACAAACAGUUCCCUCUUGUUUGAAACAGUGUGAGCAUCAGCAGCCAUACUAUACUUUUGAGACACAUAUCCGCUAAAGGUAGUUCAGGUGCAUAACCAGGUCCCUAAACUUGGCUUACUAAAAGACUAAGUUAUUGGAGAACUGGAGGAACAUUGCACCUUACAAGCAGUGGGCAUCGCUUGAAGCAUUUUAAAGUGAACUCGCUGUCUUAGAAGGGUCUUAAGAGAUUAUAACAAACAAACAAACAGGGCACCCCCCCACACUUUAUGAGUUAGUGUGAAUAACAGGCAAUAAUGAAUAUUAAACUGCAGCUUAGCCAUCACCAAUGUUUGAUCAGUGCAGUAGAGAUUUAAAGCUUUCAUUGCACUAGGGACACUUUUUGGAACAACCCUUGGUAACAUUUGAUUUAAAGUGUAUUACAAAGAACCAACAGGGCUUUUUCAUUACACUGAAUGCAGUAUAACAAUACCAUGUUACGGUAGCAUUAAUCCACAUGUACAACAUGAGACUAUUAAGAGCUAUGCAUCUUUUGAUUUAACAAUUUCACAAAGUCUGUGUGUAGGAUUUGAUCACUUUUUUUUUUUUUACUUUUCUUUACUUUUUUUUAACCAAAGUGGCAAAAAAUUUAAAAUGUCAAAUGAUGCUCUGGUCCUUUUGUGAAUUACCAAAAAAUCCUCAGAAUGAUUCAACUUAAAAGCAGACCAUUCCAAUAAUAUAUUCUCAUACAUAUAAGUAUCUUAUGAUUGCAGUUAUUUUCAGUCGGUGUCAGUGCAUUGUCCCAAAUGCUGCCGCCAACAUGUUUCUAACCAAUGUAUACUGAAAUGUGUACCAUGAAAUUUGUCAAUGUAUAGGGACAUUCUGUGUAUAACUGGCUCCCUCUAAUGGAAGCAGUUGGUUGCUAAAAGGACACUGUUUAUGAAGGACACAGAAGAAGAAGAAACACAGUAUGGUUUCAAGGCAUAAUUUCUGCACAUCAAUCCAAUCGCACUCAAAGCUGCUUUACUUUACAGAUAUGAGGCUCACGUUUUCACAGAGAAUUUAACUGUACUGCUUUACUGUUUGAUUUCCUACAAUUUUUAAGGAGGUUUGGUUGUUUACAUCAUGCUGUAAUGUGUUGAUAAUGCACGCAAUGUCUUCCUAAUGUGGUUAUGAUGCCUUGUUAUGCUUCAUGUGCAACACUUCCAAAUGCAACAGCUCCGUACACUUGAUUGGUGCUCUCCUAUUGAAUCAUUAUUCAUUAAAUCUAAAAUGUCACUGCUAGUUACUGAUGGUACACGACAGUAUUCCGUACACAAUCAUUUUACGCAGUAAAUACAUGAUACUAAAUUUGAUAAACAAAAUUCUGCUUAGCAAUAUGAAACCCUGUUUCUUUUCUUGAAAAACCCAAGCGGGGUUAGAACCUGUGGAUCAAAUUUUUUUGGAACUGUUUGAAUUACCCAAACCCCAUCAAAAAAAUAAAAGAUGAAUCAGCCCAUACAUUUAGAGUACUAAAUGGAUGUCUGCCAUGCUCACUGUUCCUAAGUAUUAAAUAUUGAAAGCAUGACACUGCAACAAGGUUGAACCUUGGCUGCAACACCGUGUUUGAAGAUCUCUAAUUAAAUAAGCAUUCCUAUUUAAGGGCACAACCUAGAAGCCAUUUAUUUUGUACUUGAGUUUUAAUGAUGCUGCAGCAUCAUAUUCAUCCUGUUUAAGUGAGUGGCCUCUUUGAGGAAUGCUAAAAAUAUGAUGGAUGUAAAAUGUUCCCCUUGUAGCAGAAUGCUUCCAGACAACUAAACCUGUCCGGAUGGCCUAAAUGUACGGAAUGCUGCCAGUUUACAUGUAUGUCGUGUCAAUAAUACAAGUAGUGUAUAUCUGAUGUACUAUGUUAGGUCUAUUCUUUUCAGAAGUGUAUGUAAGUAGUCGGUGUUGAUGAUUUUCUUAUCGUCUUUCAGUUGUUCUACCUUGCCAUGUUUCCUUUCUAAUGCAAACUCCUCAGAAGGAGAAAGAAUUGCUGUUGCUCUCCAAAUGUUCCUCCCUAUUUGGUGUGUUUUUGUCUUUGGUCGGCACGGUUGUAUCCACACUGACGUGUCCUCUGAGUGAACUUAACCCGGACUGAAUCCCACUGUGCGACUGAGUUGUGUGUUUAUGAAAGAUGCAAUGUAUUCAUGUGAAAACAGCAAGAAAACAACUCCUAAAGCCAACAUGUGUCCUGUCAUGCACAGCAAUGAGCUAGGUGGUCUCAGAGUUACGGUCACGCAAGUCUUCCAGGACGUUCCUACCACCUCUCUCUCUCUCUCCUACUCUUGUGGACUCUAGGUUUUACUCCAAUCUUCUUGUCUUCCAAAAAAAUGUCAAGAAAAAUAAAUAAAUAAAAACGAACAAAAAAAGCCAUAAAUAACAAUGGGCCUUGGCACUGAUUAGCCACAGAGAGAAGGCCUGAAUCCUCAGGCACCUCCCGAGUCACAAGGGAUUCAGACACAUGUUGGGACUACUCACAAUAAGAGCCAAAGUGGCACCUACGCACUGUUUUUUUUUAACCACUUCAGAAAACAGUAAACAGGAAUGAAGACCAGCAAUAUGCAAUGAGAACUACCAGCCUGCACUCAAGGAAGGGAAACAAAUUCAACAGGCUAACUAAAAUCAGGAUUUGCAGGCUACAAAGGCGAUCAGUGGUCUGCAAUAAUAACUUCUAAUUGUCUAGACUGACUUGGGAAUUUGUUUUUGCAAAGCAUGCAUUCAUCACUGUUCUUUGGCUCAUUAGGGAUGGCUCCCUCUCAGCAUCUACGGACACAAGCCCUCGAUUCACCCUCUCUCCAUGUUUGCCAUCAGACCUGUGUACAUUUCUACAAUAACUCCUACAUGAAUUGAAAGGAGAUGUCUUAUUCUGGAAUAUUAUUCAAUAAAAUAACAUAUAUUUGUAUGAUUGUAA